AUGUUGGCACCGUUGCGGUCUCUGGCCAGCCAGAGUAUCCGCCGCCUCGCCACCCCGACAUCCACCCUCGAACUGACGGGUGAUGCACCGAAGGGGCUGAACAAAACAGGGACCCCGUUCGUGGCCCCGAGCAGCACGGCCGAAUAUGCCCUGGCUCGAUUAGAUGACGUGAUGAACAUGGCGCAGCGAACGUCGCUUUGGCCACUAACAUUCGGGCUGGCCUGCUGUGCCGUAGAGAUGAUGCAUUUCGCGGCGCCACGCUACGACAUGGAUCGUUAUGGUGUCGUGUUUCGUGCUUCUCCUCGACAGUGCGAUUUGAUUUUCGUCGCUGGCACGGUGACGAACAAGAUGGCGCCUGCCCUGCGCAGGAUUUUCGAUCAAAUGCCAGAAGCCAAGUGGGUGAUCUCGAUGGGUUCGUGCGCAAAUGGCGGCGGAUACUACCACUACGCCUACUCCGUUCUGCGUGGAUGCGAUCGAGUGAUCCCGGUCGACAUUUACGUACCUGGUUGCCCACCAACCGCCGAGGCGCUGCUCUACGGCGUUCUCCAGCUCCAAAAGAAGAUCAAGAGGAAGCGUGAGGCCCAGCUCUGGUACCGUCGU